AAGUGUUUUACCUUUAUGUUUAUCAGGUUCACUUCCGAAGAUGUCUCUGCCCAAAAUCAAGUCAAGGCAUCUGUUCAAAGGAGAAUUCGUCAAAGCAUAGCUGAAGAGUAUCCUGGACUUGAACCAGUUUUGGAGGAUUUGUUGCCAAAGAAGUCGCCCCUCGUAGUUGUGAAAUGUCAAAAUCAUCUAAAUCUUGUUGUUGUCAACAAUGUACCAUUAUUCUUCAAUAUCCGUGAUGGACCUUAUAUGCCAACUCUACGACUCCUCCACCAAUACCCUAAUAUAAUGAAGAAAUUUCAAGUAGACAGGGGUGCUAUUAAAUUUGUUUUUUCUGGUGCUAAUAUCAUGUGUCCUGGUCUUACGUCACCUGGUGGUGUCCUGGAUGAAGAAGUUGAGAUUGAGCGGCCCGUGGCCAUCAUGGCUGAAGGAAAGCAGCAUGCUCUUGCUAUUGGCUUCACAAAAAUGUCAGCAAAGAAUAUAAAAGCUAUCAACAAAGGAAUUGGUGUAGACAAUUUGCAUUAUCUUAAUGAUGGCCUAUGGAAGAUGGAGACGUUAGACUGAUGGAUGGUGUGCAGCAGUCCUAAAACCCAUGUUGUGCUGUUCAUUUGGGCAUUUAUGCUUUUCCGCUGCUUGGUUUACAUUUGAGAGGAUUAAAUAUUUUCCGUGAAAUUGUUGCAGCAUUUUGUCACGCAUAGUGCAUCUAAAUGGUUAGCAUCUUUUGCUCAAAUAUGUAUCCUAGCACCAAAUAAUCAGUGACGACAAGCACAUUUAUUUAUUUGUAUCUCUUUUUACGAACUGAAAGUCUCACCCGGUUAUGAAUUAUCUACUACUGUAUGAAUACUGUCGAAGUUCUUAAAUAGACUUUCAUUAUUGAUUUAUUA